GGUAUACAUUGUCCGUUAGUGUCAGGAGUGACAGCUCGACACCUCGACAGAACACGACGCACUGGAUUGGCACAGAUUGGACUGGUUCUCAUCCAUCCACCUCGGUCUUAUCAUCAGAGCGCUCAAGCGUCCGACACACAAAGGCUUGUUGUGUAACUGAAUGAGCGCUUUACAGUCGCCCUGUGUAAAUACGUAUUAGGGGUCAAUGGUAUUGAGUUGUUAUAUUCAUUAAGACAUUCUUGUGCGGAUUGAGGCAGAGGGAGAGGGCUUUACAUAAUUACGUUCAUGCUUUUUCACGUGAAAUGCUCCUUUAAAAGAAGGCUUCGACUGAAAACACCGAGGCACAUCGCGCGCGCAAGCAGACUGUCGUUCUGCAUAGUUUGGUAUCAACAUAGCUUUCAAAAUGGUGACGUCGUAUCCAUUACCAGAGGGAUUCUCCGAGUUUGAUGUGUUCUCCUUGGGAUCUUGUCUGCUCGUGGAGGGUCUCCUCGGGUUCUUCCUGAAUGCUGUCACCGUUGUUGCUUUUCUUAAAAUAAGAGAAUUACGGACCCCAAGUAAUUUUCUCGUAUUCAGUCUGGCCAUGGCAGAUAUGGGUAUUUCUAUGAACGCCACAGUUGCUGCCUUCUCCAGUUUCCUGAGAUACUGGCCUUAUGGAUCAGACGGAUGCCAAACCCAUGGAUUCCAGGGCUUUAUGACUGCUCUUGCCAGCAUCCAUUUUAUUGCAGCUAUUGCUUGGGACAGAUACCACCAGUACUGCACAAGGACAAGGCUGCAUUGGAGCAGUGCCAUCACCCUGGUUAUCUUCAUCUGGCUCUUCACUGCCUUCUGGGCUGCCAUGCCUCUGAUUGGCUGGGGAGAGUAUGACUACGAGCCCCUGAGGACCUGCUGCACACUGGACUACAGCAAGGGUGACAGGAACUAUGUGUCUUACUUGAUCCCCAUGUCCAUCUUCAACAUGGGCAUUCAGAUGUUUGUUGUGCUGUCUUCCUAUAAGUCUAUUGAUAGGAAAUUCAAGAAGACUGGCCAAGCCAAGUUCAACUGUGGCACUCCUCUGAAGACCAUGCUGUUUUGCUGGGGCCCCUAUGGUAUCCUGGCUUACUAUGCUGCUGUGGAGAAUGCAACACUUGUUUCUCCUAAACUGAGAAUGAUUGCACCCAUUUUGGCUAAGACAUCACCUACUUUCAACGUCUUUGUUUACUCCCUUGGAAAUGAGAACUACAGAGGAGGAAUCUGGCAGUUGCUCACUGGCCAAAAGAUUGAGACUUCUGCUGUUGAGAACAAGACCAAAUAAACUAAUGUGAUAACAGUUCAUGUCCUGGUAGUUUCUAACAGGUAUGACCCUUGUUUAUUGGAACUGUGUGCUUAUGUCAUUCUUGCUGUAUUUUGGUGGAGUGUUUGUGGACAUGAGUGUGGAGUCUGUGUUUGUGGUAGUUUGUGGUCUUUUAUAUAUAAUAUAGUUAAUUUCAGCAACUAAUAAAAUGUAUAAACUGA